AUGUCAGACAACGACAGAAGACCAAACCCUAAAGGGUGGAUUCCUCCAAAAGCUCCCUAUAAUCCUUAUGAUCCCACAGAUCUACGUCCUGCUGAGGGUUAUCCCUCGGAAUUUAGCCUUCCUGGCCAAGAACCUCAAGGCUUCUCAUCGAUACCGAAAACACCCACGCAAUACCAGAAGAUCAAUGAAACCAUGAAAAAGCUUAAUUAUACACCUCGUCCGAGAUCUAACUUAUACCCAGGCCAGUACAUGGUGCUACGCAAGGUGGACACCAAUCAGCGACUCAAUACAGGUACACGAUGGUUUGGCACCUUCUUGACAGGGUCGAUCAUUGUGUACUUUUCCUUCUUUUAUAGGUGGAAUGAUGGAAAGGAGAAUGUUAUGUCGGAUUUCUACCGUUAUCGUCUUAGGGCUAAGGAAAUGCUAGUGGGCUUGUCUGAAACUGAGUAUGACGACUUAUACCACCCAAAGAAGAACAAUCACAUCAUCAAGAAUGUGAGAGAUGCUGACUACAUCCCAACAGAUAUACGAUUGACAAAGGAGGGUGAUUUUGCUUUGAACAGGCCAGCUGAGAGACAUGUUUUGGAGGCCCAAAGGAGGCAACAAGACCAAGAAGAGCAAAUUCUUAGAGAACUCGAUUCGCACAGACAAUACGCAAAGGAAUUUAUGCUGGAUGAACAGGAGAAGCCAAAGAAGAGAUGGUGGUUUUUCUGA